ACGGGGGUUUCCUUGUCUUUGACUGGAGACCAACCAGGAGAGAGGCGGAUGAUAACAGCAUCCCUUGCUGUUAUUCAGCCAUCACACAUCUCAAUGAACUGCUCUCAAAGAAACCACUGAUCGUGCCCACUGCUUUUUGCAGGGCAGAGAUACAGAUCAGUGUCUAAAAACUGCAUCUCUUUUUCAUAUGAGAUUAUUUUUUCAUAGACUCUUUUUUAUUUCAAGGUCUCUGUAGCCUAUCUCUUUCCACCAUGGUGCUAGGAAAGGUAAAAAGCUUCACAGUAAGCUACGACUGUCUCAAUGACAGCAAUGUUCCCGUUUUCUCAAGCGGGGACUGCGUCUCAGGGAGGGUGAUCAUCGAAGUCACGGGAGAAAUCCGUGUGAAAUCUCUCAAAAUCCACGCAAAAGGAUUUGCAAAAGUUCGUUGGACUGAAUCGAGAAAUGCUGGAUCCAACACUGCCUACACGCAAAACUACACAGAAGAAGUGGAAUAUCUAAAUCACAAAGAUAUUUUAAUUGGACACGAGAGAGACGAUGACAACUCUGAGGAAGGACUCACCACUAUCCAUUCAGGAAGACAUGAGUAUGCAUUCAGCCUCGAGCUUCCACAGACACCUCUGGCUACCUCUUUCGAAGGGAAGCAUGGCAGUGUGCGCUACUGGGUGAAGGCAGAACUCCACAGGCCGUGGCUUCUGCCCAUGAAGACCAAGAAGGAAUUUACAGUCUUUGAGCACAUUGACAUCAACACUCCAUUAUUGCUGUCACCACAGGCUGGCACGAAAGACAAAACGCUUUGCUGUUGGUUCUGCACCUCAGGUCCUAUUUCCCUAAGUGCCAAAAUUGAAAGGAAGGGAUACACCCCAGGAGAGUCGAUCCAGAUCUUUGCAGAGAUUGAGAACUGCUCAUCCCGCAUGGUGGUGCCAAAGGCAGCCAUCUACCAGACCCAGACCUUCUAUGCCAAAGGGAAGAUGAAGGAGGUCAAGCAGCUGGUGGCCAACCUGCGGGGAGAGUCUCUGUCCUCAGGCAAAACAGAGACCUGGAGUGGCAAGAUGCUGAAGAUUCCACCUGUCUCACCCUCCAUCCUGGACUGCAGCAUAAUUAGGGUGGAGUAUUCCCUCAUGGUAUACGUAGACAUACCUGGGGCGAUAAACCUGUCCUUGAACCUGCCCCUGGUCAUCGGAACCAUCCCUCUCCACCCCUUUGGCUCCCGUACCUCCAGCGUCAGCAGUCAGUGCAGCAUGAGCUGGCUGGGCCUGGGUCUGCCUGAGAGGCCUGAAGCUCCUCCAAGCUAUGCAGAAAUUGUGACAGAAGAGCAGAGGCAGAGCAGUCUGGAUGUGCCAGCAGCCCGUGAGGAGCUGGACGGACCUCUCUUCGCCUACAUUCACGAGUUCCGCUUCCAGCCUCCACCUCUGUACUCUGAGAUCGAUCCUAACCCGGAUCAUGCCAGCCGUACAGAGGAGCGCAGACUCGACGCCUGUCCGUCACGCUGAAGGGUAUUCCUGCAAUUCCCCUGAGCGAGUCGGGGAACUCAAAUGAACCAGCUUGCAAGGCUCAGCUUUGUUUAUUUUUCUCCAACAACGGUGUUCACUUAACACUGCUGACAUCAAGAGAAAAGUAUCCAACAAACCAACCAAGACUUGGACAAAUACCCACAGUUGAGUUGGGUUGGACAAAUCUGUUCCUGCCAUCCCUCAGUGAGAGAAACAGGAGUCACUGGUUUGGGGUAUUACUUCCUUCCUGUGUCAGUCUGCUGAGGGUUGGAUAUGUACAGAUGAACACAUUUUCAGUCUGUAUGAAACCCCCCCUAUCCACUAGUAGCGAGAGCCCUGCUGAUAGUACUGACAGUGAUGAGGAAGAAUCAGCAAGGCUCGACCUGCCAAGCUCCUCUUUGACCCUUGAUUCUUCUGUACCCAUGGCACAUAAGGACGUGGUUCUUCACGCAAAAGGCAGGACUAAUCAUGUCCAGACUUCAGUAGAAUCACCUAAAGAAAAAUGGGAUGAAGACAGAAAAAUAUCAACCUUCUGACCACCAUAGCCUGUAUGAAUGAAAGUGUUCAGCGGCAGCGGUUGACAACAGAGCAAAGACUACGUCCUCCUGCCUCAUUUGGGAUUUUGUUUUGCACAUUUAUUCUUUACUUGAGUUGUGUGGCUCCAUUUAAUGAGAACUGAAAAAAAAAAUCACUAAUAGUUUGGUUUCAGCCUUGUAAUGCGCCAGACUAAGAAUAUGAGACUGCAGGCUUAACUUUAAAGACUUUCAUCUGCAUAACUUUGAGCAAUGCUGAGAACAGGAUUUGAUUUUGGAAAAAAAGACUGAAAAGGACAAGAACAAUGCACUGAAUUUGUUUAAGCUGUUUUAAAGAAUUUUCUUUUUCUCCUUAUGACAUUUCCUCAGUGACUUAUAACAACUAGACUGGACUCUUACUACAACUUCAGCACACUGUCUCCAUCUGAAAGCUCUUUAAGAUGUUGCCUCCUCAGCUUGGAUCCAUGUGUGGCUUCCCUCCUCUUUUAGUUUAACUCUGUUAUUCUGUUUCUGUAUUUAGCUCCAAUCGUAGAACAGCUUUUAGCCUUUUUUUGUGUUGAGGUUGCUCUGGAUUUGGACUAGGAGGGUUGCAGACCUGCAUUCGCCACUCAAAUCGUAGCUGAAGAGAAACAUGAGUCUCUGAGUGAGUGAGUGAGUGUGUGUGUGUGUGUGUGUGUGUGUGUGUGUGUGUAACACAGAGGGUGGUACAUUGUGGAGGACUUGCCUCACCCUAAUUGCCUGCAGCCCUUCUACUCCUAAUCUCAGGGCAAGCCAGGCUUGCAUUACUGCCCAAAAAGCACUGUCUCAGGUGGUCUUCUCACUUGCCAAACGGUUGGAAAAAAGAGAGAAAAAAAAGUUAUAAGUUUUCUUUUAAAUUGCACUGUUAAAAAUAACGAAGGGUUUUGGAUUUUUUUUUUUUUUAAACUUCCAAGAUGAGAAAAUAAACCUGCAGAUAAGCAAGGCAGCUUUCUGAGAUAAAUCACAUUCCCUUUUUGUCCUGCUGCACUUGCCCAGUUCAUCCAACAAACUGUUAGAUGUACCAGACCAGUGAAACCAGAAUGCUGGCUAUAAAAAAAAAGAGACCGAAAAGGAGGAAUGACGCUGCUCCUGCAUUAAAGGAGCAAACCCAGCACAAAUGAGAAAAAGCUGGGGACGUUGCUGAACUUCUGUUGAGACUGGUCAGAACAAGUAGUAGUAGGUUGACAUGAGUAAUACAUUGGUUUUCUCACUCGGUCAACAUAAAAGACCAGCUGCAACAGAGGUUUGACAUAGUCAGGAAAGAGAAAAGCAGCACUUUUUUGAUAAGAAAAUUUUUUUAAAAAAAGCAUUCAGUGGUGAAGGUCUGGAGAAAAACCUUUUGGUACUAACCUUGUUAUCCGAGAGGAUUUUUUUCAGUAAAGCAGUGUUCUGUAGGACAUUAAUGCAUUAUUUGAAUUUUUUUCUAAGUUUACAUUUUAAACAUAGCUGACACCAGUUUGUAUGUUGUGUGUGUGUGUGUGUGUAUGUGUGCGCACGCAUGUGCACGCUCUUAUUGAGAUCCAGCUGCAACUAAGUAUACAGCUUCUGACCGUAAUCGACAAACUGCAGAUUAUUAAAGUGAUCUUAUCUUAGUGGCCUUGACGCAGAAGAGACCUGAUCAUGAUUCUUCAUUUUUCAGUGUCUAUAUUAACUCUUCUUUCUCCUUUAUUAUGUUUGUACACACCCUUUCCAUGUUUAUUCAAAAGGACAAAAAGGGAAAGAGGAAAUAAAAAGUCCUUUAGAAGAAAGCGUUUUUAAAAAAUGACAUCUUGGACAGGCCUCUCGAUUGUUAUUUUUUUGAAGCUGAUGAGGGUUGACUAAUUUUUUUUCCGUAUUUCUGGGCAUUGGUUUAGUUUGCUUCUUAGUUUACUAAGCAACCUUCCUGAGUUAGUCUCCCUGACCUCUCUGAUCCCCCUCAGGCCUGGGGGUGGCAGCUGUUGAUCAGCACCCUAUCCCCCACCUCCCCAUCCGAGAAACGUUUAGGUAACGUGGGACAACAGACCAACUGCUUCUUCCACGUCAAACCGUUCUACCCCGUUGUAUUUGUUUGCAGUCUUUUGUUUGGAUUUUAUCUUAGGGAAACAAAAUCAAGCUACACGGUAAUGAAUAAGCUUACAUAUUUGUUUCAGGUUGGUCAGUUCCAUAGUCCAUUUGCUUGGGCCUCAGAGUAGUCCAGUGUCAAAGCUAAGCUAAACUCCUGACCUAAUAAAGGCAGGGACUGAAAUGUUCAGAGAUAAAGAACCUGGCAGACAGGAUCUGAAACAUUUUAGAAACCAAGUGCAAUAUCACUCUCUGAAUUUUCUCCAUUCUCCAUUUGUAUGUUUGUUUUUAUCUUUUUUCUUGUCUGUCAAUCAUGACGAUGUAUAGAUAUUCUAUGAAUAUUCUAUGUUCAGAAUGAUUUAACCCUUUGUCUAGUUCUUCCUUUUGAUUUGAAUAAACGUUUUGUUCUAAAUUGCA